UUGAGACUGUUCAGGCUCUUUAUGGAAAACUCUGGAAGUUUCUAGGAGGUUUUAUAAAGAAAAUACUCGGGGCGCAGGGGACUGAGUCGAGGCAGAGGACCGACCGACGAACCGUGCCGCUACUGAGCGCCAGUGACAGCCGUCUCUGAGGCGCUUUAACAUUUACUUAAACAAGCCACUGGACGGUCAGGAUGGGUAAAGACUACUACGACGUUUUGGGAAUUAAGAAAGGAGCGUCGGAGGACGAUAUAAAGAAAGCUUAUCGUAAGCAGGCGCUGCGCUUUCAUCCCGACAAAAACAAGUCACCGGGAGCCGAGGAGAAAUUCAAGGAAAUCGCUGAAGCUUACGACGUUUUGAGCGACCCAAAGAAAAAGGACAUCUACGAUCGUUAUGGUGAAGAGGGUCUGAAAGGUGGAGGCCCCUCAGGAGGUGGUGGUGUUGGUGGUCCCGGUACCUUCAGCUACAGCUUCCAGGGCGACCCCCAUGCCAUCUUUGCAGAAUUCUUCGGUGGACGUAACCCCUUUGAACAGUUCUUUGGUGCCCGCAAUGGUGGCAUGGAUGAGGACAUGGACACUGAUGACCCUUUUGCCCGCUUUGGGAUGGGGGGCGGUGGAAUGGGUGGGUUCCCUCGCUCUUUCAGCUCUGGCAUGGGAGGACUGGGCGCUCACAGUAGCGUUGUAAAGAAGCAGCAGGACCCCCCAGUGGUUCAUGAUCUCCGGGUCACCCUGGAGGAAGUUCUGUCAGGUUGCACAAAGAAGAUGAAGAUCUCUCGCAAAAGACUGAACCCUGAUGGGCGAACAGUAAGGAUAGAAGAUAAAAUCCUGGAAGUGCAGAUAAAGAAGGGGUGGAAAGAGGGCACCAAAAUCACAUUUCCUAAAGAGGGGGAUGAGACUCCCACAAACAUUCCAGCUGAUGUGGUGUUUGUGUUGAAGGACAAACCACAUCCCGUGUUUAAACGUGACGGCUCUGACAUUGUUUACAGAGCCAAUAUCUCACUCAGAGAUGCCUUGUGUGGCUGCACAAUCAACGCAUCCACACUGGGCGGCAAAACGGUGACCGUGUCAACAUCUGAUAUCGUGAAGCCAGGGAUGAAGCGGCGGGUCAGUGGGGAAGGUCUGCCUUAUCCCAAACGGCCCGAUCGUCGAGGUGACCUGAUAGUGGAGUACGAGGUCAAGUUUCCAGAAAGGCUCACUCAGAGCGCCCGGGACACCAUCGCUCAGGUCCUCCCACGAUCUUGAACAAGACGAAAGGACUUCCUCCCACUAACCUGCCAACUAUGUUUUUUGUCAGUCAUCACAUGGAUGGUCAUGUGGAGGUUAAAAUCACACCAGACAAUAAAGGACCGACUCAUGGGACAGGUCAUCCUGUGUGUAUACUGUCAAGCAUUGUGUAAAUACCCCCAUGGGAAAAUGUACGACAUGAAUGAAUGCAGCAUUUCACCGGCUAGAAUGUAAAUAUGACCAAUAAUGUUUGGUGUUUGGUUUAUUGAAUAGAUUAUAUUUUGAUGAAAAUAAUUGUAUUAUAAUAUAUAACAUAUAUGUAGAUUACUCUGUGGGAGCUCUUGUUAGUAAUAAAAGUUAUCUUUAAGAAG